UGAUGACGCCAUCACGAGCCACAACAAAAACAACAACAGAACCCAGCUGUUAGCAGCUAACUAGCCGGCCUAGUUACUGAACACCGUUAUUUUCAGAUUUUUUAAAAGUGAGAUGUUUAUUCGCUGCUUUACACUUACUAAUACGUUCCCAUACAAAGCAAACUCUAUAGAAAACAGCAACAACGCGUUUUAUUUAUGUUUUAUCUCAUAUUCCUUUGUCUCUUAUCGGCUAUCGUUAGCUUCUAACAGGAUGUCUUUUUAACUGCUGGGAGCCCGAUCCACUGAGAGGCUGGAUAUAUUUAUGGCAAAGCCAGACCACAAGACCACCCGGUGGAGAGUCUGACCUCCACCAAUGACCACCAACAUUAUAUCAUCAUCUGUCAUCAUGUCGCCACGAAAAAGAACCCUGGUCCCUGUCAGCAGCCGGAGGAAAGCAGCGGACGACUACUUCCCCUUCAACUUUCUGCCGGUGGAAUGCCAGCUGCACGUCCUGUCCUUUCUGAACGAGGUGGAUAAAUGCAGCUGUGCUCUUGUCUGCCUCAGCUGGAGCUGCCUGGUCCGCUCCUGGAAGCUGUGGCGGGUGGCCGACUACUCCCGGCGCGGGGUCUUCCACCUGGGCCAGGAGGGGCUGCUGGUUUCGAACCGGGAGUUUGAGCGCUGGAAAGCCUGGGUCCACCACUACACCCACCACCUGGUGUCCCGCAGGGCCAGCCUGCUCACGCUGAAGGCCAGCUUCGACCUGGGGGACCGCUGCAACAAGUGGAGCGAGCUGCUGGGCCACUUGCUGGACCACGUGCACUGCAGAGACCUCAGCCACCUGGACCUGAACUGGACCUUCACCCUGCUUGAGCCGUUGGACCUCAGGGUGCAUUCCAGCUCCAGCUCGCACCAGGACAGCAUCACCAAGAUGGACCAGGUGACCAGUUUCCAGGAGCUGCUGACCAAACUCACCGACAGCUGCCCCCGCAUCUCAAAGAUGCGUUUACACUUCGACUGGUCGGACGUGUCCAUGUCGCUGCUCACCAACUUCCAGCAGCUUCGAGUCCUCGAGCUCAAGUACUUCUGGGUCUUCAAAGGAGUGACCCCGUCGACACUGCAGCACCUUACCAAGUCCCUGCCUAACCUGAAGUCCCUGACUCUACAGAUCCUGGUGCCGCUGAGGAACCUGGGCAUCUCGUACACUCUGGAGUCUCAGUCUCUAGAGUUCCUGGACGUGUCCCCCAGCCGAGGCUUGGUGUUCUCCUGCCUGAAGCUUCCCUCCCUGCGCGAGCUUCGCGCCAAGAAGAUUGUGCGAGGCAUCACCCUGGACCGGAGGACCCGGCUGAGGAUCCAGAGCCGCUGGCCCUGUCUGUACCACGUCCUGCGGGAGGGCACGCCUCGGCUCCAGGCCCUCAACAAUGAGAGGCUCCUCCCCACGUGGAGAGAGGAGAGAUAUGGGGAGAUGUCGGCCAUCCUGGAACAGUCCUGUUACUGUGUGCAGCAUCUAGACAGCUGGCUCUGGUAGCACAUUGCAGCAGUGACCAUUAGCAAUAAACCGUUUAACAUGUGCGUCCCCUUUUGAAAUAACAUGGGGUGUUUCUCAAUAUCGAGGAGGCUUGCUUGGUAGCACAUGUACCUCCGAGUGACUUCCUUCAGAAGCGA